AGAUCAUGUGCACAGAUUAAUGAAUAUAUUAUUAACUAUACUAUAGGACGUAUAUAUAGUUAUACUGACUGUUUAAAUAAAGCUGCUAGCUUUUACUCAGUCUCCCAAUCACAUCUAAUUCAAGCAAGACAGUCUAUAAAAAAAUUCUGUGUUUGCGUAUACAUGCAUAUAGAUUCUUAAUGCGUGCGUGUUCAAUUACCAUGAAUUAUCACGUUCUACUAUGUGCUCUGGUUUUCGUCGUAAUUGGCAGGAUAAGGAUUGCGUUGGCUAUUGAUGCCACAAUUGCUCAUGAUCAGCUAUCUUCUACUCAUACCAAUCGUGAGCAAGUUUGCCCAGGUGAAACAGUGUUGUACAGAUGUAGUACAACAAAUGGCUCCUUUAUUGCUUGGACACUACCACCCCUAGUAGACACUUCCAAUCCUAUUGUGUUCGAAAGUACUGAUAUGACUGAAAGUGUUAGAACUCGAAUUCAAGGAGAGGUGUUGGCCUUGUUAGUCACCAAGACUCCUGUUUUUGAAUCAUUUCUGGUGAUAAAAUCAAGCGUUAAUGUGCCUUUUAUCAAUGUAACAUGUACUUUGGGUGGCAGCAACACCCAGUUGUCAACAGUCUACAGUAUCGCAACCAAACCAUCAAACGUUACUGGAAUUAAAGUUGUACUUAAUACCAUAUUCUGGACGGCUCCAUCAAUGCCAGUUGGUUUGGAAUUCUAUGAACUCCAUGCAAUUGGUAGAAAUGCUUCCUUUGAGAAUCGAGUGUUCCACGUUCUGGAAACAUUUUUAAGUAUCAACAUAACUUCUUUCUCGGCUGUGAAUAUUACUGUCCAGAAUAGGUGUGGUCAGCGAAGUGAAGCAGUUCCGAUUACACUAAAAAUGGCCCCUAGCUCAUGCGACAUGACUGAUAGUGCUACUCAAGUGGCUAGUACCGUCGCUGCUGUAUUCUUUGGUGUGCUGUUGACAUCAUUGAGUGGUUCUAUAUAGUUGGACAUGGAGAAGCACUCUGCCAGAACAUGAACGUUAACAAUAAUUAGACAAAGGAUUGAGAACUAUAGUGUUGUUAUCAGUUAGAAACCAGAACAUUUGUAUGAACCAUGCAUCUGUAUAUUAAAGCCUCUUCUCUAAAAGGUUACGUGAUUGCGCAAGUAUCAGUCGCAAA